AUGGCCAAGGCUGUGCCAGCGCAGGACGCCCCCCGGUGGCCGGGGCACGCAGCAGCAAAUGUCCCAGCGACGCAGAGGCCUCAUAGCGCGAAACAGAGGGCCGCCAACGACGCCCGCAGGCACAACAGGCAGAACUCGCUGCGCCGCGCGAAGGACAGCACCGAACAGCUGCGCGCGCGCACUCGCCAAGGCAGCGCUUCCGAAGAGGGCGCCAGGACGCCCAGUCGCAACGGAGGCCGUUUUGCCGUCGGCAACGUGGGCAGCAACGGCAUCAUCUACCUCAGGCCCGUCGCCCGGACUGGUACGCCCCGAGCUCGAGCGCACCCGGAUUCCUUCGUCUUUCCACCGUCCACCACCCCUCCCCGGGACUGCCUGUCGCCGCUCCCUCCACGCCGCCCAAGCAAUGCCUGGACCGAUGCUUUUCCCUCUGCAUCGCACACAUCGACGCCGGCCGCUCGCUCCCCCACGCCCGUCGUGAAGGUCGAGCGCCGGAAGCCGUCGCAGUCGUCCACAACGUCGCCGCCGGCCAAGGCCUCGCUGCCCCGACACGCUCGCUCCCACUCGUUCUCUACCAUCAACGAACACGCGCGCUCCCAGAGCAUCGACUCGACCACCUUCAAGGUCGUCAUAGACAGACCCAAGAACCAGCGGCCCAGGACCGCCGACACGUCAGCGUUCCCGACCCUGGACGUCCCCAUCCCGCAUUACAAGCUGGGCACCCCGCGCUUCAGCGCUCGAGGAACGGCCAUCCUGCGAAGCUCCGUCUACACGCGCGCAUCCGCCACCGACGACCUUCGCUCCUCGUUCAUUUCCCGUGCUCCCGAGUACGACAAGCUGUUCCCCUCGCCUCCGCCCAUCGUGCACCACCGAUCAUACCACUCGCGCCGCUUCUCCGACUCAUCGGUCUCGCAGUCGCCCUUCUACAGCCGGCCGAUUACCAUGGGCGAAUCGUCAACGCAUCCAUCGUCCUCGGCCCUGCUGUCUCCCCAGAUUUCGACGCUACCGGUGGGUCCGCAGAUCUUUGACGCUUUGACGAUAAACCCAGACGACGCCUCGGUGGUCCGUCACGGUCCUGGAGGCGAAAUUAUCGCCGCCACUCCUGCGCGCCUUGUUGCGCACAUCACGUCACCCAGCUUCCUCGAUUACGAGCUCUUGUCCGACUUUUUCCUGACUUUCCGCGCAUACCUUACGGCCGCCGACUUGGUGGCCUAUCUGAUAUCUCGUUUGAGAUGGGCAGUGGAGCGUGGAGACGACUUUGGGCGCAUCGUGCGAGUGCGUACGUUCGUUGCUUUGCGCCAUUGGAUUCUCAAUUACUUCACCGAGGACUUUGUGCCGUCCCACAAACUUCGGUCACAUUUCUGUCAGCUCGUCAACCAACUCUACGAGGAUUUGCGGAACCGGGAAGACGGCGGCGGCGGCGAUCUGAAGAUCAUCGGGGAACUAAAAAAGUGCUGGAGGAGAACAUGUGCUCUGUACUGGGAAGGGCCGGAGGUUAUCGGCAGGGACGUUCCGGACGAUGACAUCCUUCCAGGUGGAUCCGCAGACGUCGAGUUCCAGCUCGAUGGCGCCGCGCUCGAGAUUUCGCCAUCCGCUCAGCCUCAGGAACCGAUGACUCCUCCGAGAAGGCCAAGGCUUAGUGGGCUGCAGAUCAACACUGGCGCCGUUACUCCUGACAAAGCUACCGAAUGGCUCCGAAGCCUCCACAUACCCCAGCAAUCAAUCACCUCCGUAUCCAACGAACCACAAGAAAGCGCAGCUCCCAUGUCCCCGGUUAGUGAGAUGAGUUUGCACGUCAUGUCUUGUUCGAUCCCGCUCAAAUCGAUGCACAAGCACGAACCAGGCCCCGGAGCACCUCUCUACCCACACCCUGUUCCGGCUCAGCGGUCUUCCGUCGCCCAUGUGUCUCCGGCCACUGGCCGAAAGCGGCGACCCUCGAACGGGCUCAAGCGCAGUGGUAGCUUUUCAGAUGCUAUCAAAAGCCACCGUUCUCAGUCGCCGGCGUCAAAGACUGCAGCGCAAAAUGCCGAUGCAAGAAUCGCCAUCCAGUUCCCGGGAAGUUUGGUUCGCGGCGCCGUUUUCCAGCCCGAUACCCCGUACAUUGACAUGGCCAAGCCUGCGGGUCAACUUCGGCCAAUGAAGUCGCAUUUCGAAUUGGUGGCCGAACUUCCUGCGACGCCGCCUGCCGCCGGAAAGCCGACGUACACUAACCCUGGCGUUAAAAGGAUCCUGGGAAGCAUGCGUCGUGCCCUGAGCACUAAACAGGGAUAUCCCAGUUCGUCGAAUGCUCAGGGAGAGCAGGGUGGGGCCAGUGGCUCGCGGAGACUUCGGGACUCGUAUAACCCGCCGGCGCUCUCUGCUGCGCCUCCGACGGGCGUACAGAAGAGAAGGCACACGCGCAAUCGUACCCAGACUCGUAUUGAUGUCUUGGCCCAACAAGUUAAUGAGAGCUUUCAGAAAGCGCUGGAAACCGAACUGGAGUUGGAAAAGCGCGUUUCGAGACAAAGUGGUGCCACUCAGGCGCAGCGCAGUUUGGAUCAAGCUGUUCUCGAGCUUCGCAAUGACAGCGCCGGUCCUGUCCAGAUGCCCCCGCCCCCGGAGAGAGCCCUCAGCAAGGUGACCAUGGGAAGUGGAUCGAUUAUGAUAUUGGAUGAUACGGGGGCUCCGCCUCUUCCGUUCAUGUCUGGUGCCAUCCCUGCCCCCGAGUCCGUGGACAAUGACCGCGCAAAAGAUAUCCCAUCGCGCAACGCCACGGAGCCCAAUGAACAUGUACGGCAAACUAUGAUUUCGGACGCGAUGUCUCGCUCCGACGCGCCGAUCUCUCUGCCGCCCGUUACCAUCCAUCCUGAUUCCCUGCCUAUAACGUCUCCGACCGACUCUUCAAGACCCCCAAUGUCCCAAACUAGCUCGAGUCGCCGCUCUGUCAUCCGCCAUUCAAGAUCCAUGAUGACUGGCCGCCCCGUUUCGGCUUCCGUCUCACUCAGGCGGUACGCCUCGUAUCACAGCGGCAUGACUAGGAGCAGGCCGGGAUACAGCAUCGACGGUGCCACGCUUUCAGAGGUGCCUACCGAUACCUCUUCUGAUUUUGAUCCGUUUAUUCUGGACCGUCCGCAUCAAGCCCCUCGUCAGCUGCGAAGACGUCCUGGUGGCGAUCUUCGCGCCGUCGAUAACGUGCAUGACCUUGACGCCAUCUCCCGGCCCAUAUCGACUGGCUCGCUGUCAAACCUCUCCCAUUCGGUGACGAAUUCUUUGGCACUGUCUCCUCGUUCUCCUCGUUCCCCUGCGGAGUGGAAGGUCACUAAGUUUGAUUCUCCUGAGGAAUCGGUACAAGAGACACACGUGGCUUUGAGAAAAUCGUUGUCUUUGGUGCCAACGCGCUCUUCGCAGCCGCAGUUGAACCCAUCUUUCGAGUUUGAGGUUGCAAGGCUUGCUGCUUUACCGGACGACGACGAUGACGAUGGCGGUAUUGAGGCCGCGUUGCUGAAGCUUGAAGGCAAGUACGAAAAGAGGACGCCUGACCCUUCGCCGCUGCAAGACAAGUUCCUCAUACCCGGAAGUGGCCCAACUUCUCUCCAGAUGCUAGAAAGCAGGCAUCAAAGCCGAGCCCACACACCAGUUUACCGUGAGUACAGGGAAAGCGAGAUCAACUUGGAGGCAUCUCCCAGGCCGUCUUAUCCGCAGGAAUUCCAGGAGGCUAGUUACUAUCAAACCUCUCAGUCGUCUGGCCAAUACACACAAGGGAACUUCGCGGUACAGCGUUCUGUCGCCGAGUCUCAGAGUUCCUAUGCAAGUGUACCGCUGCUGGAGCGUGGUCUGAGCGAUCUGGCCGCCAUCACACGUAAGAGGCUCGAGCAGCAAGGUCACGAUUCGGCUUAUCCGGCGCCUCUGUCCCCAGAAAAGUUCCGUACUCAGCAGGCUCAGAGCAGGCACAUAUCUCCCGGUUCGUCUGUGGAGUAUGUCGAGGAGACGGAGAGCAUGCGGAGGAUCCCAAGGGGCUCCACUAUGCCCAAAUCGCCGAAGCCGCCGUCCGAUAACGCCCGCCAGUCGUUCCUGCUCGGGGAGGAGUUUGAUGAGAUUUCCUCUGAUCUGUCCGCCAGCCUCCCUGAAGCUGAUCACGAACACAAACAUCGCGUGAGAAGCUUUUUUGACGACGAGCCUGCGCGCCUUGAGUUUAGUGAUGAUUUGGUGCCGCAUCCGCUGCGCCAUCCUCCUACUCCGCCAACCGCUCUGGACAAUGUGACUGACAAGCCGUUCCACAACGCCUUUGAGAACCCGCUCAUGCAGCGGGGUCUUGAGAGUGCCGGCUUGACUCCUCCACUUACCGCACCAGGCCACAGUUACUCCAAGUCUCUGCCACUCGACGCCAAGGCAAUCGAGCUGCAGGAGAUGCGCCCUAGCACUACCAUGGAGAUGAGGUCGCCUACGGAGACGCCGCCCAAGGAAACUCCUGCCCACAUGCCUUUCAUCCUGGCCUAUGACUCUCAAACUCUGGCCGAACAGUUUACCAUUAUUGAAAAGGAUGCUCUUGAAGAGAUUGACUGGAAGGAGUUGAUCGAGCUACGCUGGAAACAAUCGUCUCCUGCCAUCCGCGAUUGGGUCGAAUACCUGCGUACACAAGAACCUCGCGGAGUCGACGUCGUCAUCGCGCGCUUUAACAUCAUGGUCAAGUGGGCGUUGUCCGAAAUUGUCCUGACCAAUGACCUGGAAGAGCGCGUCCGCACCAUCGUCAAGUUUGUCCACAUCGCCUCGCACGCACGCCGCCUCCGAAACUACGCGACAAUGUACCAGCUCACGGUAGCGCUGCUGUCGACCGACUGCGCGCGGCUGACUAGAACGUGGGAUCUCGUGCCAGCGGCAGAGAAGCAGACACUGCACGAGCUGGAGAACUUGGUGCAGCCGGUGCGCAACUUCCAGAACCUGCGGAUGGAAAUGGAGACUUCGGACCUGCAGGAGGGCUGCAUCCCGUUCAUCGGCAUCUACACGCGCGACCUGAUCUACAACGCGCAGAAGCCGGGGACGAUAGGCGAGGCGCCGCCACCGGGCGUCGAGCCGCUGAUCAACUUCGAACGACACCACACGGCGGCGACGAUAGUGAAGAACCUGCUCCGCCUGCUGGAGGCGAGCAUGCAUUACGCGUUCAAGCCGGACGCGGAGGUCAUCAGCAGAUGUCUUUGGAUGGCGGCGUUGAGCGACGAUGAGAUAUCGCGGAGGAGCCGCGCGCUGGAGGCUUGA